CGCGGCCCCGCCGCCAUGAACCGGUUCUUCGGGAAAGCCAAGCCCAAGGCGCCGCCGCCAAGCCUCACCGACUGCAUCGGCACGGUGGACAGCAGGGCGGAGUCAAUCGACAAGAAGAUCGCGAGGCUGGACGCCGAGCUGGUGAAGUAUAAGGAUCAGAUAAAGAAGAUGAGAGAGGGACCGGCCAAGAACAUGGUGAAACAGAAAGCCCUGCGGGUGCUCAAACAGAAACGAAUGUACGAGCAGCAGCGGGAUAAUCUGUCACAGCAGUCUUUUAAUAUGGAGCAGGCCAAUUACACCAUCCAGUCCCUGAAGGACACCAAAACUACGGUCGAUGCUAUGAAAUUGGGGGUGAAAGAAAUGAAGAAAGCCUAUAAGCAAGUCAAAAUUGAUCAGAUCGAGGAUAUACAAGACCAGCUGGAGGAUAUGAUGGAAGAUGCAAAUGAAAUUCAGGAAGCACUGAGCCGGAGUUACGGAACGCCGGAGAUCGAUGAAGAUGACUUGGAAGCCGAACUGGAUGCCCUGGGCGAUGAGCUGUUAGCGGAUGAAGACACCUCUUACUUAGACGAGGCGGCGUCCGCCCCGGCCAUCCCGGAAGGAGCGCCUACCGAUACGAAAAACAAGGACGGUGUCCUGGUGGAUGAAUUUGGUUUGCCGCAGAUCCCCGCCACCUAGACCCGAGCCUUCAGCGCGCACGUGAGACGGCCAGUCUCUUUAUGCAACUGAACAAAAACACUUUCGGGAACUGGGAAACACUUCGCCUUUCUACGGUCACCGUAGCGGAUCCACGUCUUCGUCCCUGUCUUCGAACUAAGGUCUCGUAUGCUGAGUUUCUGAUUGAAAAAGAAAAAAAAAAAAGGAAUCGGUAGCUUUCUUCACCCUUGGUGGCUCAAUAAGGCUUUUGCUUUCUUUUAUUUAUGUGCAUUUCUGGAAUAGUUAAGCCUGAGGGUGUUUUCUUUCAACUCCGUCGGACGUAAUUCUGUGGUAUUACCUAGAGAGCUGAUGUACUUAUAAGGCUCUCUCCACGGUCACACUAUUGGACGAUUUUGAGCUAUUGGUGCAAUUUUAAUUCUUAACGCAGUAUAAAUAUGUACUCUGCUGGGAAAUCGGAGAGGGUCUUGGAGAAGCCUCCUUUCAGCGAAGGGUUGUUUCCGUUGUAGCUCCUCCUCUCCGCGAUCGCGGCUGAACUUCACGGUCGCGGUGGGAGACCUGCCGUUUAUCUCCCAAACCUCCGCGCCGAAAGCUUCGCCUGGAAAUUUCCCCGGGGUCCUAAUCCGAAACAAAAAUGUACCCUAACACUGGCUGUAAUAAAUCAUUAUUUAUUAAUGCUCUUC